ACCUUGACUUGCUGCGCGUUUUUUAUGAUCAUAGCUCCCACACAUUGCGGAUAUCUAUCCAUCGAUCCACUUUCCGCUCAGACAUCGACAGACACACGCCACCUACUCCACCCACAGACACAUUCGAAAGGCCAUCAUGCCUUCACAUACUCGCGAGAAUUCUCAUGAUCGAGAAUUGGUGCUGAGACAUCAGUCCGUGCCCAUCCCUGUGACCAGAUCGAAUGUCUCCCCAGGCAUUCAAGCCGCAGCGGCCAAUUUCGCAGAAAAGAUCCGCGAAAAUUCUCCCAGUCCAUACACGACCAACUCGAUGCCACCUAAAUCACCAGAGAAGUCCCUAAUCAAAGGCCAAUUCCAUAGGCGUAUGCAGUCUUUCCAGAACAACACAGAUGCUCGUUCUGAGUUCCUCAAUUACUUGGAGAACAGGUCGCCGGAGAGACCUCAACGGGCAUCUGUCCUGGAACAAGGCUCUAAAACACAGGAAAAGACGCCCGUCAAUAGCUCGCCAGACUGUAAAGAAGCUGACCGAGACAUGCCCAACCUCCUCAUCUCUAACCGGUACCUCUCCCGACCGAUUCUCGGAGAAAGCACUCCACCUUCUGCAACUAUGCUAGCUCUACAGAACAUGCAAUUGCCUUUGGACAGCGAUGUCCAACAUAAGCUUCAUGACUCCGACCCGUUUGUGGGACCUAAGCGUCCCGACCCAUUUAGCUUUGAGUCCUUAUCUACUCAGAUCCACAGUCUCACCGAUAUCGCCAGCAAUCUGCAGCGUGAAAUGGCCCAGUUGAGCCGACGGAGCAAAGACAACGCCACGGACCUUGUGAGUCUCAAGGCCGCGACCAACGCCCGAGAUGAAGAUAUACGAAAAAGCCUCCGUGAUCUGUCAUCCAGCUUGGCUUCGAAGUUUCUCGAUCCUGAGGCUGCUACAAGGUGGGAUUUCAGUUCUCUACUGGGUUCUGAGAAUGGUAUUAACAACAGGGAAUCGGAUAGUUCUCCGAAUUCGAAAAAGAGCUACUCGGCACCGCGAAUGUCUAGUCCUAAUCCUUUUGCCGCAGCAAUGGAACGCGAAUUAUGCGGAUCACCAACGCCAAUUUCCGACGGAUCUGCGAGUAUCGCACUGCUAGAGAAAGUACUGCGAGAGAUGGCGACGAAAGACAACCAAGACAAGCUCCUUGAGGUCGUGGAAGAGAUCAAAGCUAAGCCAGUGCCGGAGGCUCCUGGUCAUCCGGACGAGAGUGCUGUCACAAACAUGCUAGAGGAAAUCCUCAGCCUAAUCAAGGAAGAUGCUGAAAGCAAGGCAUUGGUUCGCUCAAAUGCCCGCAGCCUCGACGACUUUGAGCAGGAAAGGGCAGAAAAUACUCUGACUCGGUCAAAAUCCAUGGGGGCAGAUGACAUUAAUGUCAACUCAGAGCGUGCUCUCGUCCCUGUGGAUGAUCACCGCACCGAGGAGAUGCUCGCUAUCAUGAAGAUUGUCAAGAAUAGUGUCAUAGAAGGAGGCGGCAUGACAAACCAGGUGAAAGCGCUGGUUCGUGAAUUGCGCGGGGAGGUUCUAGGGAUGGGCAGAAACUUGGCCCGCCAGAUUGAAGAUGUUGAGUCUUCUCGAGCCAUUGAAGACAAGCCUAGUGGGCUCCAGAAGGAAGAGGUUGCUGCGAUCGUCGAGAAUAGUCUACACGAACUUAAAGGACAACUGGCGUCGAUUAUCGAAGAGAGUAGACAGCAUUCAUCGUCACUUUCCGACUUUCGAACUGCCGUGAAUGACGAAGAGAUAUACUCCAUUGUCAAGCAAGCUCUAGACGAGCUCGACUUCUCACAACUGCGUCCGGAGCCUCAGGGGCCUAUCAUGGAAAGAGACGACAUCCUCGAGACUGUAAGAGAAGCGUGGGAAACGUAUAAGCCUGAGAUUGAACUACAGAAUUUUGGCUUGGAGCGAGACGAAAUCCUUGAGUGCCUCUCAGAAGGUCUGAAGGAAUAUAAGCCGCAGCACGAAGAGGCUGUUACCUAUGACCAGGUGCUGACAGCUGUCCAAGCUGGUAUGCAGAGUUUCGAGCAACCACCAAGCAUCACGAAAGAGGAAAUUGUUCAAACAAUCCAUGAAUGCCUUGCGAACUUUGAACCUCCAGCUCCUCGCCCCCUUGAACGGGAACAUCUCGAUGGAAUCCGCGAGGAGAUACUGCAGACAGUCACCGAAUCCAUCACGUCUCAAAGUGCCCUCACUAGAGAUUCUCUUGACUCGGGGCUUGGCCGCGAUGAGAUCUUAAGUGCCAUGUCGGAGGGCCUAGAGGCGCACUUCGCGUCGGCCAAGGCUACGGAGCACCUCCACAUUACGAAGGAGGAUGUGGCCGAUGUCAUCAACAAGGCGUUCGCUGCCCAGCAAUCUGCCCUUAGCACUAGUGUACAACCAAAUAUUUCUCGCGACGAGAUUCUCAAUGCCAUCGCAGAAGGAAUGGAAAGCCAGAAUGCCGUCACCCGCGAAAUCGAACUCAACCGAGACGACCUGAUGGAAGCUAUAUCCGCUGGCUUACAAGAAGCAAACGCUGCAAACCAAAAUUCAGGAGAUCAAAUGCUCGAUCAGCUUCAAGAGCACCUCGAUGGCAUGAAAGAAGAACUGAGUCAACAUCUCGCGACGAACGAGAGAGACACCGAGCAAUUGCUCACCGCUAUCAAAGAUGGAAUUGCUAUCGUGCGACAGGAGGUGGAAGGGUAUGCCACAACUGUAUCGGAGUCUUCUGCCAAGCAUGAAAUUAUGGACACAGUCAAAGAAGGAUUCCGACUGCUACAAGCUGAUAUGGAGAAGACCAUAACAGAAACUGCUCUUUCUAACAGUGCUGGCGGUAAUCCUGAUACACCUGAGCUUCUUGACGCUAUGGAGAAGGAGUUCGAACACCUCCGUCAGACAAUGAGCAACCUUCUCAUUCGUAACAAUGUUGCGACUGAAAAGGAUGAGAUACUCGAUGCGAUUCGCGACAUUUCCGACCAGCAUAAGUCGACGAGCAACGAUGAGAUAACCAAGAUCAUCAAGGAGCACAUCGAGGAGCUUCGCGACACCAUGAAUAUGAGCUUAGUUCGCGCGGAGCCGGCCGAAACCACCGAAAAGCACAGCGACAAAGAGGAUAUCAUUGCUGCCUUGCGCGAAAGUCUGGACACAUUCCGUGAGGAGAACAACCAGCCGAAGGACGCGGGUGAAAAUCUCCUUGCGGCCACCAGUGAAAUCAUUGACGCAGUCAACAACGGUGUCGGGACAAUCAAAGAGGAUCUUGCAAAGCUCUUGGUGAAGCCAGUGGAAAUCGAUCAUACCGAGCUUCUAGACACUCUCAAGGAAGGUCUCAGCAGUCUGAAAGCAGACGUGGAGUUGCUACGCCAGUCUCAUACGGGAAACCAUGCAGAGAACGAUGAGCCCGAAACAACUCGCGGGGGAGAAUUGAUGCUGGCCAAUGUUCCAAGCGAACCGAGCAACCCGAAUGUCAGCAAUGAUUUUGAGGGACUUAAAACCCUUAUUUCACAACUUCAGACCAAGGUUGAGGCUAUCGAAGGUGCUCCUAGAACUAGCGAGCUUCUUGAAGACAUCGUGAAAAAGGAGCAUCUUGAUGAGGUUCUGCUUGGAUUGCACGAGCUUCAGAGCGCUGUGACUGGAAUCGUCGCUCGCGAUCAGCCCGUGAACGAGACAACAGCCAAGAAGGAAGACACGGAUGCCAUAGAAACACUACUCCGAAACACCAAAUCUCAGCUGGACGAGAUGAAGUUCCCUGCUGUUGAUGAGAUUGCCAGGGCAGAACAAUUGCAAGGCUUGGAAGCUAUUGUCGCAGAGACAAAGGAGGCCAUUGCCGAGCUGUCCACUCGCUUUGAGUCGGAAGGACCGACAAAAGCUGAGAUUGGAACCCUAGAAACGCUGAUGAAGGACAUGUGGGUCGCCCUUGACGAGUCGAAGGGCCAAGCAACACCUGAAGGAAACGACGCCGAGAAAUUGGUAAAAGCGGACCUGCAGACUGUUGAAGCCAUGAUUUUCGAGGUGAAGACCCAGAUUGAAGAGCUCAAGCUGCCCGACAUCGAGACAUUGCCGACCAAGACGGAAAUCCAGGAUCUGACUGCACUCGUGACGGAAUUUCGCGAAAAGGUUGAUGCUGAUAACGAGAUGACUGGACAAGCAUUCGAUGCACGGAAGGUGGAGCAUGCAGGUCUUGCAGAGAAGAUUGAAGAGGCUAGGGCUGUCGUGGAGGGCCUCGGGGACGAGCUCAAGAGCAAACUGGAUGGCAGUGACCAAGGGCUUUCGGAGCUCAGGCAACUACUCGAAGGCCUGGCAGUGUCUGCAGAAAGCUUUACAACUGCGGAGAACGUUAACGAACUCACUGAGCUCAUCAACCGGGAGUUUGAGCGGGCACGAGGUGAGCAAGAUGCAACCAAGCUCGAGAAGGAAGAGCGAGACGCUGCUGCCAUGAUAAAGCAGGAUGAGACCCGAGCAGCCAUCAUCGUCGAAUUGGGUUCGAAGAUCGACGAGAAGCUCGGUGAGGUUAUGGCCAAGUACGACGAGGUUCACGCGGCCAUGGACACUGCUUUGGAGACCAAGUUUUCUGAGGCUGCAGACCGUGACAAUGCACACCUCGAGGCUGUUACGAGCACGAAGUCCCUGGCGGAAGAUAUUAAGCUUGUAAUUGGAUCCAUGGGCAACAGCGUCACUGAAGCAUGCGAGCGCAUGACUAUCGAUGCCCAGACGUUCUUCGAGAAAGUUGAUGAGUCUUACAACAAGUUGGAGGAGAUGCACAACGAAGUCAAGACACAGCAGGAGCAAGCUCGAUCAGACCUUGAGAAAGCUGCUGCUGCCACCGAUCGCGUGGAGAGCCAGCUGCAUGAGUUUCAUCCACAAGUGCUUGAAUCAAUUCAACAAAUUCUCGCUGUCGUUGGACAGCAUUAUGACCAUUCCCAAAAGUCUGCGCAGGAAAUUCGAAUGGACCUUUCCACAAUCCCUUCCACCAUCACCCCACUGCUUCCAGCCCUGCCGCCACCGGAGCCUGAGAAGUACGACGACACGUCAGUACAGGAGAAACUCAACAGUCUUCUCGAACACGCCAAGAGUAACCAGGUUCAGGAGACACUGAGCACAUUAGUUGAACGUGUCACCAAUGAUCAAGUCCAUGAGAAGCUAGAUCAACUUCUGAGUCAUACUACGGGUACGAAUGGUCAGGUUUACGAGAAGCUUGAAGAGCUCCUUGGCCAUGCUACCAAUUCCAAUGCGCCAGUCCAUGAGAAGUUGGACACAUUGAUCGACCAUGCCACCAACACCGAUUCAUCAGUCAAUCAGAUGAUGAAGCUCGAUGAGAUGCACAAGGACAUUAUGGAGACCUCUCAGAGGAUGAAUGAGAUGUUCGCUGCGCAAUCUGCCAUGAUAGCAGAGGACAACGAGCGACGUCGAAAAGAGGCUGAAGAGGCGGCAGUUGCCCUUGAGAGACGAAAUGCACAGCGCGAGCAGGUGGAAGCUGAGAUUGAAACCCUCCGUGAGGAAAAGGACUCUCUUCUGAAUAUCAUCCACAGCCUGAAGUCUGAGAAGGAUGAUCUUCUUAGGCAGACGGCGAGUCUCAAGAAGGAAGUUGCUGGUUUGGAAAUGGCUCUUGAUCUUCGUCAUGAGGAAAUGCAGCUCAUGGAAGACCGCGCGGAUAGCCUGGAAAAGCGGAUCUUGGAAGGUGUCCUUGACCAUGCUCGCAGCGUCCUUCUCAGCCGACCCAAUAGUCUGAAUAUGAAGAAAGGUCGUGGAUCCCGAGCCCGCGGCCCGAGUACUGCAAGUACUGCCACCAAUACCAGGGAUGUCCGCAACUUUCUGGGCAGCAGUGUUGGAAUGGCGCUGAAAAAGCGAGCUCCGGCUGGAUCGCGGGCUGGAUCAGGCGCGCCUCCUACAAACAGCAAGGAAAGGCGUAUCCUCAGUCUCAGUAACGUGACUGGAAAUCGAGGCACCGGAGAUCGACACGUGAGUGCUAGCAGUGGGUUUACGGGUCUCAAGCGCAGCCAUUCGGUCAAAUCCAACUUCUCUCAGCGGAAGGCUUCGUGGGGUGGCAAGAGCUCCGUGGCCAACAAGGAGAACGAAGUGUUUCCUGAGGAGGACGAGAACCAAAGCGGGGAAGAGAGCGACGCAGGAACCGAGCGGAGAACUAGCUACACAGGCACCUAUGCGGACAGCCUCGUGUACGGACCCGGCAGUGUGGUCUCUGCCGCCGAUCGACGGGUGAGCGCCGCUAGCUCAGUCGGCCCACGGUCCGUAGCGGACGAUCAUGGUCACGGAGAGGCGGGGGGAAACGAGGCGUCGGACGUUGAUGAUGACGCUCAAACGACAAGGGCAGGUGAUUCUGAGGAGGAAGAGGAGUACGAUCACCCGCUCAAAUUAGACGAGGAUUCUUCGAAAUUGGUGGUUUACGGGCAGCACAGUGACAGUGGCAUCGGACCUGAGGUCACAAGUGCUGUGGCAUGAGAUCCGGCGGCACGACGUUGUAUUUUGUCUUCUUUUGUACCCUGUGAACAGUGAGGGGUCCUCAUCGCGUGAUGUUGAUUCUUCAUGAGCAUAUACUUUUACUACUACUACUACUACUACUACUACCCACUCCAGCGUUUGGUUGAGCU